CGCUCGCCCGGCUCCAGCACCGCCUCGCCUCGCAGGAAGUCUUCGGCUUCCCCUCACUCCGAGUCCCUUUCUGUGCCUGCGGCGGCGAGCGGGCUCGGCGGCUCCGGCCGGGAUCGAGAUACUUUCCAGGACUAACGUAGCUGAUGAAAUACCUGACUGUUUCUGCUCAAGACACUAGUUUAACUGAUUAAUUUCCUCCAUAAAUGUGGAAAGUCGGAACAUCAAAUGUUCUCAUAAUAAAAAGUAAUAGUUUGAAUUUUCAAGUAGCCAUUUGACUUUGGUUAUUCAAAAUGCAGUGCAGAGGACGAGGAUAUUGCAGCUAUUGCUGUGUGGAGUAUCCUAACCUGGAACAGCAGACCCUCACUAAAGGAAAAACUAAAAAGGAGUUCUUCAGGCAGAAGGAAAAUGAUUCCAGAUGGAAGCUCAAAGAUACAGGAAGUAAUGAAGAACAUUGGAAAGCAUUUGUUCAGUGCUCGCCACAGAGCCUUGACCAGACUGAGUAGAGAAGAGGUACUUGGUACCAAUAGUUUGAUGGAGCGUUUCUUGCAGGAUGUAGUGCAGCAUCACCCACAUUAUUGUCAAGAAAACAGACCAGUGCAACAAGAGGUCAUUGAGAAUCCUGAGUCACCUGAUGUGAUUCAUGUGGCUGAUUAUUUUCCGGAAGGAGACUAUGAGGAUGAAGAAGAGGAAGAGGAAGAAGAUGAAGAAGAGGAAGAAGAUGAAGAUGAGGACGAUCCUGGUACCAGAGAAGAUACAUCCUCCAAGGGUUGUAAAGUUGUUGAGGAGUCACAUGUCAGGCCUAGUAUAUAUCAGCAAUGUGUACAGGAGGUUUCAGUUCGACCAUCAGUUAUUCAAAAACUAGAGAAGGGGCGGCAGCAGCCCUUGGAGUUUGUUAAUAAAAUUGGGCCUGUUCUGAAAAAAUGUAAUUCAGUAGAUACUGGUCAAGUUACAAAUAAUGGAAAUAACUUAAUACGUCCCCCAGUGAUUUGGAAUGCGCCUGCUCGUCCUUUACCUGAAAGUUCUAAAGGUAGACCAGUCAUAACUAAUGUGACUAAGUUACCACAAGCAGCUGAUUUGGAUUCAGUUAACAAACGUGAUCCAAACAAAGUUGAGAAACACCUUGAGCAGGUAGGCGGUGUCUUUAGAAAGCCUAUGCCAUCAUCCAGUCCAGAAACUUCUUUAGUUUCACAUCAGAAUCCUAAAGAAUCAGACAGGAAAGCUUUGUGUAUAAAUUUAGAUAAAUUGGUUUUACAGAAAGAUGUAAAAUCUAAGGGUAAAACUUUGUCAGUUGAUGUAAAAUUCUUCGAACGUAUGCGUACUGAGGGGUCUUUAAGAGUAGACACUCCUUCUGAGUUAGAAGUAGACUCAGCAGGAAACCUGAGUAAAACAGAGAUGCCUUCUAAUAAAGGAAUCUUUGAGGAUGCCAGUCCAGAGUACCAUGAGGCAUCCUUUUCUAAUAUGGAUUAUACCCAAGAAGCAAAGCAUUUGGUUUUUAAUAAGUCAGGCUUUUUAGACAAGAAGUACUCAGUGAGUUCUGAAUUGAAGUUUGAUUGUAGCUCUCUUCAGUCAUCAUCUCAUCAACCCCAGAAGGCUGCACGAGACUUAAAUGUUUGGAAAGAGGUUGACCAAGAAGGUAACAAUGAUGAAUUUAGAGAUUCUGAAGUGAAUUUUGAUUGCAAUGCUUUUCAUUCACUGAUUGACCAAUCCAAAGUGACUGCCAAAGAAAUAGACCAUUCCAAGGAAGUAUAUGCUGAUUUACAGUAUGAUAAUAAAUCUUAUGGCUCUGAAACAAGUUCUGAUGGUGAUGACUCUCUUCAGUUGGUUACCAAUCAAUCCCAAGUGAUUGUUAAAGAAGGAAAUCUGCAGAAUGCAGUGCAUAUUAGCCUGGUUGACCAAAGCUAUGAAUCUAGUAGUUCUGAAAUGAAUUUUGAUUAUUAUGGCUCACCUCAGUCAACUAAUGACUACCCUCUACAGCAUGCAAAAGAAGUCAAUCUUUCUAAGGAGGCACACAUCGAUUUGGUUGAUGAGAACUAUGGAUCUAGUGGCUCUGAAGUAAGUGCUGAUUCUGUUUUCCCACUUCAGUCCGUGGUUGACCGACCUCCAGUGGUUGUCACAGAAAUAAAACUUCAGAAGAAGGUUCACAGUGGUUUGGAUGAUAAGAACUAUGAAUCAAGCUGCUCUGAAACCGGUUUUGAUAGUGAUGUUUCUUUUCAGUCAGGAGUUGAUCACCUGCAACUGACAGUCAAAGAAAGUCAUGUGAAAAGUAGACGAGUCCACAUGAAACUUAAGAAACGUAAAUCCAGUAGUGCUAAGGCACGUCAUGAUGGUGCUGUGUCUCCUGACACAGUGGCCAAUGACCCCCAGAGCACUGAUGAAGAAAUAGAUAUUCUGAAAGAGGAGAAUUCUGACUUUGUAGAUAUGGACCGUGAGUCUCAUAGUCCUGAGAUGGCUUUUUACGCUGAUGCUCAAGUUGGCCAUCCUUCAGUAGCAGUUAAUGAAAUGAACCCACAGAAAGAAGAUACUGAUCUGGAAAGUCAGAGCAUUCAUUCUAGCAUUUCUAGUCUAAGCUUUGAUUCUUCUGCUUCUUCUUACCAGCCACCCAAUGAUCAGCUUCAGGGGCCUUUGGAUGAAGUGAAUAUUAAAGAGCUAAAUAAUGACAUGGAAACUAAAAGCUGUACGAGCUCCAGUUCUGACCUGACUUUUGAAUCUGAUCCUCCUUUUACUGGGCAGUCUCAGCUGGAUAUUGGAAGAAAUAAACACAUUGGCCUGGAAGACGAGAGCUGUGAGUCAUAUAGUUCUGAAAUAACUUUUGAUUCUGACAUUCCUCUUUCAGUAGUUGACCAGCCUGAAAUAUCUCUUUAUGAGGAAGAAGUUGUUGAUGUGGAAAGUAGAAGUGAUGAAUAUUGUGCUUCUGAAAUAACUUCUGAUUGUGAUAUUCCUCUUCAUUCAGGAGAUGAUCAGUCUGAGGUAGAUGAUGUAGAUGAUGAAGAAGUAAUUGUUGAGAAUGAAGAGUAUGCAUACUUAGAAAGGAAGAGUGAUGAACCCAGUGGUUCUGAUACAAGUUGUGAUUCUUAUGCCUCUCUUCAUGCAGUGAGUAAUUCUCCUGACACAGCUGUUAAAAAACUCAACCCUCAACAAGACCAGGUGUACCUAAAAAAUACGGGAAAAGAACCUACUGAUUCAGAAUUAAGUUUGGAUUAUGGUGUUAUUUUUCAUUCAAUGACUGGACAUUCUAAAGAUCCCAUUAAAGAAAUACACCUUCAGAAAGAAGAGCACGUACACUUAGAAAAUAAGAGUGCUUUUGAAAAAUCUUUGAACCCUAAUAUUUCUCUUCAGUCAGUGGCUAACAAACCUGGAGUAGUUGUUAAAGAAAUACGGCUUCAAAAAGAAAAGCAUGCUGAAUUUGAGGGUAAAAGUGCUGACUUUAGUGGUUCGGAACCAAAUUUAGAUUCUGAUGUCCCUCACUAUUCAGGAGCUGAACCUCCCAUAGCUAUUAAAAAAAUCAAUGGAAAGAAGAAGCGUAUUCUAGAAAACAAUAAUAAAUGUAGUGGCUCUGAAAUAAUUCUGGAUUCUGAUGUCACAUCUCAGUCAAUGAGUGAGAAAACUCAACCAAGUGUUUUGAAGGAGGCCCAUGUUGACCCAGAAGAUGAAAGCAUUGAACCUAAAAGUUUGAAAACCAAGUUGAGUAUUAAUGUUCCUCGUCAUUCAGUCAUUGACCAACCUCAACAAGCCCUUUUGAAGGAAAAACAUGUUAAUCUGGAAGACAAAAACAGUGAAUCACGUUAUUCUAAAACAACUUUUGGUACUGAACAACUUCGAGAAGCAUUUAAAAAAAUAAGCCUGUGGGAAGAAGAAGAUAUUAGCCUGAAAAAUAAGAUGCAUAAACCUAAUGGUUCUAAAUUAAUCUGUGGUUCUGUUUCUGUUCAGUCUGUGGUUGAUCAACCUAGAGUAGGUGGUCAACAAUUAAACCCAAGAAAUGAAGAUGAAAUGUACUUAGAAAUGAAGAACCGCCAGUAUACUUGUUCUAAAAUGAGUUUGAAGUCUGAUUUUGUGGUUCGGUCAAUACUUAAACCACCUCAAGUAGCUAUUUCAGAGCAGAAGCAUCGGUCAAUACUUAAACCACCUCAAGUAGCUAUUUCAGAGCAGAAGCACAUUGAGCUGGAAGGUAAGCACAAUCAGUCUUGUGCUUCUGAAAUAAGUUUUGAUUCUGAUGACCCUCUUCAAUCAGUGGCCGACCAGCUUAGAGAAACUGUUAAAGAAAUAAGCCUUCGGAAGGAUGAAGAAGCUGACAUGGAAGAUAAGAGGGAUGAAGCUAAAGAUUUUAGAAUUAUGUCUGAUUCUGAUGCCCUUCAGUCAGCGGCUGGCCCAGCUGAACAGGUAGUUAAGAAGGCUAACCUUUGGAAAAAGCGUGUUGCUUUGGAAAGGAAGAUUAUCAAGCCAGGUCAUUUUAAAGUAUAUCAACAUUCCAAUAACCCUCCUCAGUCUGUGACUAAUAAAAUUCAAGGAGCUAUUAAAGAAAGAAGUGUUCUGAGGGCGGAACAUGUUUGUCUGGAUGAUAAGGGCUAUGAACACAAUGGUUCUGAAAUAAUUUAUGUUUCAAACAUUCCUCUUCAAUCAGUGAUUAAGCAACCACAAAUUUUGGAAGAGAGGCAUUCCAAUUUGGAAGAUAAGAGCAGUGAUCCUUGUGUUCCUGAAGCAAGUUUUGAUUCCAGUGAUCCUUUUCAGUCAUCAACUACCCCGCUUCAAAAAGCAGUCAAAGAAACAAAUCUUUGGAACGAAGGGCACAUUUACCUGGAAGAUAAGAGCUAUAAACUAGGUGGUUUUGAAGUAAAUUGUGAUUCUGCUACUCCUGUUCAUUUUGUGCCUGGUCAGUCACCGGUGUCUGUCAAAGAACUAGAAAAGAACUACCAAUUCUGUGGUUCUGAAAUAAAAUGUGAUUCUGGCAUCGAUUUUGCAUCAGAAGUUGACCAAUCUCAAGUGUCUGAUGAAGAAACAAACCUUCAGAGGGAAAAACAUCUUGGCAUGGAAGAAAAGACUAGUGAACCUAGUGAUUCAGAAAUGUGCGAUUCUGAUGUCCCUUUUCAGAUAGUACUUAACCAAUAUCCAGAGUCCGUCAAAGAAACAAAUCUUCCAAAAGUGGUACUUGUGGAUGUUGUGCCCAGUGAUGGUGAUUGUGAAGUAAUUUCUGAUCCUGACAUCCCUCUUCAAUUAGUGACUGACUCACCUCAAAUGACUGACCCACCUCAAAUCAGUUGUAUAAAUGCAGAAUGUAUUGACGAUGAAGAGAAAAGCAAUGACUCUUUUGGUUCUGAAGUAAGAUACGUUUGUGAAACCCUUCCUCCAUCUGUGACAAGCCAAUCCAAAGAGACUUUCAAAAUAAUCAACCGGAAGAAAGACUAUAUUAUUCUGGGUGAUUCAAAUUGUCAGCCUUGUAGUUCUGAAAUAAAUGUUAAUGUUGAUGCUUCUGAUCAAUUCAUGAGUUACCAGUCACAAGAGCCUGAGAGAAAAAAGGUGAAAUAUAAUGAUCCAGAAGAUAAGCAGUGUGAAUCUGAUCAUCCUAAAGGAAAAGCCACUUCUCGGCCUGUAACCCGACAGCAGAAAGCUCGCAAAAAAGCCAGCCCUCGGAAAAAUCUAAGAAAUACUAGACGAAAGGGUAAUAGCUGUAAAUCCAGUGUUUCUGCCAAGGACUUUGAUGCCUCUUCUGAUUCAGUGGUACAUCAACUGGCUGAAAAAGGAAACCUUUCAAAGUCAAAACGUACACAUCUAGAAAGUAUGAGCUGUGAACCUUGUGGUUCUCAGAUGAAUUUUCAAUGUGAUCCCUCUCUUCAGCCUGACGCUGACCAGCCUCAAGAAGCUGUUAAUAAAACAGACCUAUGUGAGAAGGCAUCUUUUCAUCUGGAAGAAAAGAACCAUGAUUCCCAAUCAAGCUCUGUUCCCAUGGUUGAUUCUGCAAGGAACGUGGAAAAAGCAAAGGAGGUUGUCGAAGAUAAUUCUGAUGAACCAGUUCUUGAAGCCUUGCCUCAUGUCCCUCCUUCAUUUGUGGGGAAAACAUGGUCUCAAAUAAUGAGAGAAGAUGACAUAAAAAUUAACACUCUUGUCAAGGAAUUUAGGGAAGGUCGUUUCCACUGUUACUUUGAUGAUGACUCUAAGACCAAAAAAGUUUCUCCAAAUAAGAAAAAGAAAAGGGUUACCUGGGCUGACCAGCAGCCGAACACUGCUUCCAAUGAAGCUUCAUCAGAUGGUAAUGAUACUGCAGGUAGUGCUUUGGAAAUUGUUGACCCUUCAAUGGCCUUAGAUAAACCAUGCCAUCCUCCUCUUCCAGCAGAGAGGCCUCCUGCACAAGAGAGUCAGGUGCCUUCUCCAUGCCAGGCUGUGAAAUUUACCCUUGGAACGCAAACCAAUACUGAGAGUUGCCCAGCAACAAAAAGAAAGCUAACUAGACAAGAGCAAGACUCACCAAAAAGUAAGCGCCCAAAUUCACGAGAUAAGAAAAAAGGCAAAAAAAAUGUCAGAGUUGCUCCAGUUGAAUUACCUGCAUCAUGUACUAAAAUUUUGAGGCCUAUGCAAUCCAAAGCCUUGGUCUAUAUUCUGUCUUCUCUAAAUAUUAAGCUGGAAGAAGGUGAAUGCCUUCACUUCUCCAGAUUGAAGCACCGGAAAUGGGAUGAUGAUGUACGGUUUAGGUGCAGAUAUAAGCGGAAUAACAUCAAGUAUUAUGACCCAUUAUUGAAGGAAAUUAUAACUAAUCCUCCAAUAAACAUAGUAUUGCCAGAGGCAGACCAGAAUAACUUUCCUAGAGUUCUGACUGACAACAACUCCAGUGCCGGAGACAAGGAUGCUGGUGGACAAAGCUCUGGGACAGUGCCAACAAGAGCUUCACGUCGUAAGAACAAUAACUCUUCUCAGUUAACACAAAAAUCAGAGGUUCCAAAUACUAGUGAGGUUCCGAAUACUAGUGAGGGUCCGAGUUCUAGUGAGGGUCCGAGUUCUAGUGAGGGUCCGAGUUCUAGUGAGAUUCCAAAUGGAAGUAAUUUCCAGCUGGUUCUUUUAAAUCGUGACAAUACCAAAGUCUGCCCAGGAUCACUUCUAAAUAGGUUUUUGAGAAGUCAAAAAAAACUUCAAAAAAAAAAAGUGACAACUGCUACUGAGACAGACUUUCCCGAACAGGGUUUAAAACCAGGUACUCACCGGCAGAAAAAGAGAACAUCUGAAAAACAGGCCAUCUGGAUUCGGACCAAACCAAGUGAUGUAAUUACAAAGUACAUUUCAAAAAACACUGUGUUUUUACGUCGUAAAUAUCAAUCCAGGAGCAUUUUUAGUGAGAAUUAUCUCAACAAGACAAAAUCUAUUGUCAGUACGCCAAAGAACCUGAAGAGACAAACGGAAAUGCUUCUGAGUUCCUCAGUUCCACCAGCUCAUGCUAGAGAGCCAUUAAGUGCUAUAGCAGGUCCUUCAAAGCAGCCCAAGAAGGGCUCCUACCGUGUUGCAAGAAAAAAGAACACUGAUAAUACUGCAAGAGAAAAGAAUGCUAGUAUAAGAUGUGAUAGCAAAAAGGAAAGUUCUGGAUGUGUAAAACCAUAUGCUCUGAGAAGUUUAUCUUCUGCACCACAGUCUGACACACGUAGAAUUGUGACUCGGCUCUCAAACAGAUUGAGAAGGUAAAAUGAGAUAAAAUAGAAGCAGCUUUUGUGUUAAGGGUGGUUGAGGAUUCAGUACUUCAAUUGAAAUAUACUUGGUACUUAGUACACACAGCUUUCCCAGUUUUGGUGAGAAGACUAACUUUGAACUAUUUUGCUAUAAAUAUUAUUUUUCAGAACUUUUAUAUUCAUUUAAAAUUAGUGUUUGGAGUCCCUUUUUUUAAGAUUCAAAAGCAACUUUUGUCCAUCAUUUUUUGUAGAAGAGCUUUAUCUUAAUUUAUGUCAUAAUAUAAUUUUAGCACAGUGUAUAGAAUUUUGUCCCACAAAUCAUGUCCCUUUUAUUUAUUUUUAUGAUUAUCUCUCUCAUGCCAGCAAGUUAUAACAUUUUGAGAAUGAAUAUAGCAAACUUAUCAGUGCUAUCUUAUAUCACUUUCUUAAGAUCGGAACAAAUGUAUCUGCAAUCUGUGUUGCAGGGAACAUUGUUAACAUAGUAUUCUAACUGGAUAAUUAAAAAGAAGGGACUCUAAUGAUAAUUAUCUCAACUUCUGAAUGAGGUUGACUUAAACGUGUACAAACAAACCAUGAUUUGUCUUCUUGAAAAAGCAUUCCAGAGAAUGAGAUUCUAUACUCUUUAAUCCAGUUUUCAAAAACUGGCGAUUUUAUUCUGUAACAAACUCCUGCUUCAUUUAAAUUGGAUCUGCGAGUCUCCGACUUGCCUCAUUUGGACACAUGCACACAUACAGUCUCUUGUGAUUUCUCCUUAGCAUUAUUGGAUCUUAAGGGGAAAAUGAUUUUGUCAAUGUGAUCAGGCUUUUUUGUUUUAACUGCCUUUAUUCCCUUCUAUGUGAAGUGUUGGUGGCUUAAUAUGAAUAUCCAGGUUACUUUGUGGCCUUAUUAAGAAUAUUUUAGACUUUAGUUUAUUUUUUAAUAGCUUGGCCUGAAAUUAUUGGUUUGGUAAUAUUAUUUGGGUAGGUUGUUAACUGUUGUGAUUAGUAAAUUAUCUUAACCUAUCUUAAUAUUUCAAAAAAUUGAAUAAAGCUGGUAACUUAUGUGGAGGCCAUUAUGCAAGUGAAAAUCUGUAUUUACACAUUCGUUUGUGCUAAACUUGCUAACCAGUGUUUUAAGAGUUCAGAUAAAAGAUGUAAUGAUACACAGCUUAUGUCUGAGGUACUAAGGGAUACAUUCAGAACCUUUGUUCGGGCACACUGGUUGAGCCUGGUACAGAUACAUUCAGUUAUCAUUUAUUCUUGUUAAGCCAAGAUCCUGGAUCUUUUUCUGUCUGUGUUAAGGAAAAACGUGAAUUUCAACUGUAUCGUAAAACUACCUACUAUAUUUUAUUGAAACUAAGGUCAAUGGUAAGUUGUAUCUUAAUUUCAGAAAUAAAAACGUGUUAUCUUAGCAUUAAUGAAAUAUAGUGUAAGCUGAUUUUUAAAUGUGGUUUUAUUUCAGGGGCCAUUAUUUAACCUGUGGGUAUGUUUUGAUGGAAUUCUAUUGUGAUUUCUUUACUUCUGAAUGUAAACAGUAAUUAUGUUGAAAAAAAUGGAUGUUUAUAUUUUUAGUUGCAACCAGUAUAUAUAGCAUUUCUUCAACCUUGCCUCCUCAUCUACAAAUAUAUUUUAGUUUUCUCUCUUAAAAUAUCACUGUGGGCGACUAGUUCAAAAUAGUCCUCCAAUUUUAAUUCAAGAAGAAAGCUCUGUCCUACUGAUUAGGAAGUAAACAAAAGGAUAGUUUGUAAAAAUAUUCUAUUUGUGGGUAUUGGUGUCUCUUUUCCCACAGAAUAGACACAGUUCCCUUAAGUACUGUUUAUGGAUGUGUUCUGCAUUCUAUCAGUGUAAGUUUAAAAGGAAGAGGUCGUAUGGAAACAAUGUGUCAUCAGUUUUGAUUAUAUUGUGCAGAGAGAACAGUUCUUACAAUUUAAAUGAUCAAAAUUUGAAAAUUACCUUUUUCACAUCGGAAGUCCUUCUAAAUACCAUUAAAAUAUUUUUUGAUGUAAAAUAUACAUAUAUAAUUUAUCAUCUUUGCUGUUUUUAAGUUUGCCAUUUUGAGAGGGGGCAGGGAAAAGACUCAUUUUUAAAAUUUAUAUUAUCAAACAUACAGCUGUAAUACAAUACUGAUGAUGAUUUUGUUUAACAUUUUGGAAAUAUUUGCUAAGUUCUUAUGAUUUUAGACAAGCUUGAAAACUUGAAAUUGUAAAACUUAGAAUUUAAGUUAAAUUGGAAAUGAGUUACUGUCAGGAAUUGAAGAUGUAAGAUGUGCCCCUUUUGUCUAAAUAAAUGUUGGCUUAAUUUGCAGAUUAGAUAAAACAAUUGAUGCUUUUGUGUGUUCAAGUAUGCAUUAAAUUCUUUUAAGAGUAAGAAAUCAAAUUACAACCAUAAUGAAUAUUUUAUUAAUCUUGUUCUUGUUCAGUAUCUUGCAUAGAUUUUUAUUGUAAUUGUCCUGAGUUAUACCAGUAUGUGGGCAAUAUUGUGUAAAGUGUGUUUUUGCAUUUGUGCAUUUAAAUUAUUUAUGUAACUAGGGCUCUGAGUAACACUUUUUUUUUGGUUAAAAAAGCUAUAUUUAAAUAUUCAAAUAAUUAUAUAUUUCCAUGUAAAACUAAUGUGAGACUAAUGUAUUUUUUAUAAUGCAGUGUAAAAGCUAAACUUGUUUUUGAUGUUAUCGAGAUAAAAUUUAUUAAAACUU